UUUAGCAACUCUGCGUUUCUUUCUCUCUCUCUAGUCACUUGUUGUUCUUACUCAAAGUGUUCAUCUCUCUUUCACCGGUGGAUUUCUCGACAAAGAUUCUAACUUUGAGAGAGAUUUUUCGGUUGUAGAUGCAGAUUCAGAGCGUAUCAUCUCUCGAGAAAGGAUCAAUGUCUCAUGAAAUAAGCUAGACUCUGUUUCUGUUUUCUUCUUCUUCGAUCUCAAUUUCUUCUUCUUCGAGCUAGGGGUUGUUUAUGUUUGGGAAAGGAAUGGGCACUAGGCAGUAUUCACUGGGAGAAGUAGGGCCACCAAUAAAUCCGAGAGCUGGAUUGCGAAGGGAACAAGCUGGUAGAGGUUCAUACAGAGGUAGUUAGUAGAUUCGUAGCUCAUCUGUAGGCAAAAAGGGUUUCCUUUUAGGUGGCAAGACUGUUUAUUUUCAGACACAGAGACUGAUUAAGAAUUCAAGGGAGAGUUCUUGUCGGGGGACUAUUUUAAGUUUUAAAAAGGGGUGUUUUUUAGUGGUGAAGGGGAAGGUUUAGAUGGGUUAUACCUUGCAACAGAUACUGAGGAGCAUCUGCUCCAACACGGAUUGGAACUACGCCGUGUUCUGGAAACUUAAUCACCACUCGCCAAUGGUUCUUACUUUGGAGGAUGUGUACUGUGUUAAUCAUGAGCGCGGUUUGAUGCCGGAAAGCUUGCAUGGAGGGCGCCAUGCUCAUGACCCUCUUGGGUUAGCUGUGGCUAAGAUGUCAUAUCAUGUACACUCUCUUGGGGAAGGGAUUGUAGGACAAGUAGCAAUCUCUGGACAACAUCAAUGGAUCUUCUCUGAAUAUUUGAAUGACUCUCAUUCGACACUUCAGGUUCACAACGGUUGGGAGAGUCAAAUUUCUGCUGGAAUUAAGACAAUUCUUAUAGUAGCUGUUGGUUCUUGCGGAGUUGUGCAGCUUGGCUCUUUGUGUAAAGUUGAAGAAGACCCGGCUUUGGUGACUCAUAUCAGGCAUUUAUUUUUGGCACUUACGGAUCCACUAGCAGACCAUGCAUCAAAUUUAAUGCAAUGUGAUAUUAACAGUCCAUCGGAUCGGCCAAAAAUACCUUCCAAAUGCUUACAUGAGGCAUCCCCUGAUUUCUCAGGAGAAUUUGACAAAGCUAUGGAUAUGGAAGGGUUAAAUAUUGUAUCUCAAAACACAAGUAAUAGAAGUAACGACCUUCCAUACAAUUUCACUCCAACAUAUUUUCACAUGGAGAGGACUGCUCAAGUAAUUGGUGGGCUUGAAGCAGUCCAACCUUCCAUGUUUGGAAGCAAUGAUUGUGUUACAAGUGGUUUUUCAGUUGGUGUGGUUGAUACUAAACACAAGAAUCAAGUGGAUAUAAGUGAUAUGAGUAAGGUGAUUUAUGAUGAGGAAACAGGUGGAUACCGAUACUCAAGAGAAUUAGAUCCCAAUUUCCAACACUACUCGAGGAAUCAUGUGCGUAAUAGUGGAGGCACAUCUGCUUUAGCUAUGGAGAGUGAUAGGCUAAAAGCAGGUUCAUCAUAUCCACAACUUGAUUCAACUGUACUUACUGCGUUGAAAACAGAUAAAGAUUAUUCUCGUCGAAAUGAGGUUUUCCAACCAUCUGAGAGCCAAGGAAGUAUAUUUGUGAAAGAUACAGAACAUAGGCAGGAGGAAAAAAGUGAGUCAAGUCAGUUGGAUGCUUUAACUGCAUCUUUGUGUUCUUUUUCUGGCAGUGAGCUGUUAGAGGCAUUAGGGCCAGCGUUCAGUAAAACAAGCACUGAUUAUGGGGAGCUAGCAAAGUUUGAAUCUGCUGCAGCUAUAAGACGAACAAAUGAUAUGAGCCAUAGUCACCUGACAUUUGAAUCCAGCUCCGAGAAUCUUCUAGAUGCCGUUGUUGCUAGUAUGAGUAAUGGUGAUGGUAAUGUCAGGCGUGAAAUAUCUUCAAGCAGGUCAACACAGUCAUUGCUUACAACUGCUGAAAUGGCACAGGCAGAACCUUUUGGUCAUAAUAAGCAAAAUAUUGUUAGCACAGUUGAUAGUGUGAUUAGCCAGCCGCCUCUAGCAGAUGGGCUUAUCCAACAGAAUCCAUCAAAUAUCUGCGGAGCAUUUUCUUCCAUUGGGUUUUCAUCAACAUGUCUCAGUUCAUCCAGCGACCAGUUUCCGACGUCCCUGGAAAUUCCCAAGAAGAACAAAAAGAGAGCUAAACCUGGUGAAAGUUCUCGGCCUCGUCCAAGGGACAGGCAACUUAUUCAGGAUCGUAUCAAAGAACUAAGGGAGCUUGUGCCUAAUGGAUCUAAGUGCAGUAUUGAUUCCUUGCUAGAGUGCACGAUCAAGCACAUGCUCUUCCUGCAGAGUGUCUCUCAGCAUGCUGACAAGCUCACUAAAAGUGCAAGUUCAAAGUUACAGAUGCAACACAAGGAUACCGGCACCCUAGGAAUAUCAAGCACUGAACAAGGUUCGAGCUGGGCAGUGGAGAUUGGAGGCCAUCUGCAAGUGUGCUCAAUCAUGGUGGAGAAUCUGGACAAAGAAGGAGUGAUGCUUAUUGAGAUGCUAUGCGAAGAAUGUAGCCACUUUCUCGAGAUAGCGAACGUGAUAAGGAGCUUGGAACUCAUCAUCCUCAGAGGCACCACUGAGAAACAAGGCGAGAAAACAUGGAUAUGUUUUGUAGUGGAGGGACAAAACAACAAAGUAAUGCACAGGAUGGACAUCCUGUGGUCUCUUGUGCAAAUAUUUCAACCCAAGGCUACAAACAGGUAGCAACAACGAAACCCGUCACAUCAUGCAGACUCGGCUUCAUGUAUCAACAACUACAAGGAUUGAAAAGCAUGAUGAGAACAGAGAAGAAAACGCUGUGUAUGUUUAUAGUGUUUGUGUGUGUGUGAUACUAUUAUCUUGGAAUAGGUAUAAAAAGUCUAAAGGUGUGCCAUUUUUGUUUGGAAUUGUUAUCAUGAACACUUCUCAGAUUGAUUAAUGCCACAAUAUAGCAACAUUCAGUA